AUGUCAAAGGUUCUUGCAGUCACCGGUGCCACAGGCAAACAAGGUGGUGGCCUCAUAAACUACGUCCUCAACGACCCAGAACUCUCAAAACAAUACACCAUCCGCGCCAUCGCCCGUGAUGUCGAUUCCGAAAAGUCCAAAGACCUCAAGGCGCGCGGUGUUGAAGUUGUCCAGGGCGACUUAACCGAUCAAGCUUCCAUGAAGAAGGCUCUUACGGGUGCUCACUACUUCUUCCUCGUGACUGCGGCUUUCUGGACUGCUACCGACCUAAAGCCUGAAUAUGAUAUCAUCAAGAAAAUUGCUGAUACCGCUGUUGAAGCUGGUAUUGAGUACAUCAUCUUUAGCAGUCUUCCCAGUUGUUCUGACAUCUCUGGCGGCAAAUACACCAAAAUCCAUCCCUUUGACGCUAAGGCCGAGGGCGAAAAGUACAUCCGUACACUCCCCAUCAAGAAAGCAUUUGUUCGUCUCGCCUUCUUCUUCGAGAAUCUUGUCCAGAUCCCUUUCUGGCAACCUCAGAAGGACGCGGAAGGGAACUGGGUUUUGGCUCUCCAACUCUCACCCAAGACACGUAUCCCAUGGGUUGACAACGGCAGCAACGUUGGCAGCUUCGUUGGUGCCAUUCUCGCCGAGCCUGAAAAGUACGAUGGUGUUGGCUUCAACGCGGCUGUUGGGUACUACACCAUGGAAGAUAUCGUGGCUAUUGAGAGUCAAGCCACUGGGAAAAAGAUCACAUACAAGCAGAUUCCCCCCGAGGAAUUUGCAGACAAGUUGCCUGUUUUCAAGGAGGUUUUUGUAGAGGCUUUUCAUUCUGGUGACGAGUUUGGGUACUUUGGUCCUGGGGAGAAAAAGUCUGUUGCUUGGGCUGCUGAGAGGGCCAGGGGUAAGCUUGUAACUGCGGAGGAGUUCUUCAAGGCGAACCCUCUCAAAUUGGAGUAG